AUGGCAUCAGCAAAACAAGACAGUGCCACUUACAAUAUGACGUGUCUGCUGCGUGAAUGGGAUAGAGCUCCCAAAGAAAAGCGUCGUCAGUUCUUGCAAGAUUUCAUCGACCAACAUUGGAAUCGUUCGGGGCCCGAGUUGGAAUCUGAGUUAGCCCAAAUGGCCAGCUUGUUUCUUGCACGCAUUUGUGUCUGGAUUAAGUUGACGUGA